CGAAACUGGGAGGGGGGAGGGGGGAGGGAGGUGGUGUGGUGGUGAGGGGCCGGGGCCGAGGGAGGGAGGUCGGGUGGUUUUUGCUACCUGCUGCUCCUGCGACCAUCCGUCCAUCCGAUAAGUGCGGGGCUUAUAAAUCCACUUUGCAGCCGUCCUUCUACCAGAUAGAAGUUGAGAGUGAGUGAGCGAGCGAGGCAUCGUUCCUCCCUGGGGCUCCAAAUUUGCGGCUCUGUCAGCGAGCGAGCGAGCAAGCAAGCAUAGGCAGAACACAAGGCCAGCACAACGUGGAACAGUGAGGAAAGCUAAGCAGCUCUUCCUGUAAGAGGAAACUCACGAAGGUCGUGGCAAGUUUUCUCCUGUGUUGUCUUCUUUCGUGGCGCCUCGAUCACGAGGAUUUUGCUUCUCGGGAGCGAGCGUUGUAGCUCCACGCUCUUGACGGGAGAUUGAUACUUAGCAUCGAGCCCUCCUUCCCUCCCGUCUUCACUGAGAGAUCACAGGUGCUGCUUUAGGAUUUCGAACAGCGUUGAACUCCAGAUCAGAUCGGUUUUGCAUGCAGGGAUUCGGCCCGUCCAGCUCCGAGAAAUAGCGAUUUACAGGCAUCCUACACUUUCGUAGACGGUACAUAGAAAUUAGUCACUGCUGUGGUGGUCACGAAGACCCGAACUCACGAAGACGGAGGUCUUUCCUCUACACAUGAUCCCAAGAUCUCUCAUUCUUAUGACAAGUCGAAAACACGGCGACAGAUCGAUUCCUACGACAUUGAGCUGAAGCGAAGGGAACGUCAAAUGUCGCACUCGACUGCGUAAAUAGGAUCCUCCCUGCUUUGCUCAAGAGCCUUAACGCUUCCACUCCCGGCCAGAUUGGGUGAUUACAGAACAGAGGUGGAGAGGGACGAGGGCGUUGAAUAGAGCGGACGGAUUCUUCGUGAGGAGAGAGUGCCUGGAAGACGCGCUCCGACCCUCUUUCGAGCUCGAUCGCGACCGCAAAGGAACAGGACCUACGAACUCGAACGGAGCUUGUCGAUUUGCGACCCAGCGAGCCGCUCGCUUUCUGUCCGAGGCCACUCGAUACACGCGCGCUCGCUCACCUAAACCUCGACGCCACAAGCGGGCCCGAGGAGGGAGACCGGAAUCACAGCGUCACAGGGGGAUCAGGGUCGUCGAGGGGUAGUACGACGAGCAGAGCUUCUCGCUAGGAGAAGAUGAACGACACCGUCGAGGGUCUGAUGAAUGAGCUCCAGCGCAGGAACGAGCUCAAUGUGAGCUCCGCGUCCACAUCUCCGUCGUCCCCGCGCGCCAUCGGCAUCGGAUCACAGCUCGAGCAACAGCUCAGAGGCCUGGUCUCAAGCUUGAGCACAACGUCGAAUCCGGGCCCCGGCCCCAUGGCGUCCCCGGCGCACAGCAGCGACAGCGCGGCGCAAGCCGCCCCGAUUCCGAACCUGCCUCCUGCCCAGAGAGUCGGGCGCAACGGAGCCGGGGUCGCGGCGCAAGCCCCGAAAAAGCGCCGAACUCGCCCCAGCAAGCGGCCGAAAACGGAGAAGUACGAGGCCAGCGUCUGCACGUUCAUGACGACCGUGCAGACGCUCACCGGCGGGACCUUCUGCUCGCAGGCCAACAUUACGGCCUCGCCCAUCGUGUCGUCUGCUCUGUCCGUGGGCGGCGACCGGGGGAAGGGCUUGGCGGAGGUUUGCGCUCCGACCUCGAUGCCUUACGCCGGGCCGUCGGUUCCUGCCCCGGAAGCGUGUGUGGUGAGGCCGCAACCCUCGCGGCCGAGCGGACAUUGCCCCGCGGAGGACUCCCCCACUGCCAAGGCGGAGGCCUCCGCUGGGCCAAGAGCAGGCGGCGGCCACGAUUCUCUUCCGCCGAGCUUGUUCGAGAGCAUGUUCUCGAUGAGCUCGAGCAGCAACUCGCUCAUGAACUCGAUGAUGGGUAUCACAGAUCAGGCCCUCUGGACGGAGUCUCCUUUCCUGUACACCGAGAGCGUGGGAGUCUCAUCGAGCACUUCCCAAUUCUCGGGAGGCCACCCGUCCGACAAGACAUUUCUGAAAGAAAGAGGCCAUUUCGGCCAGGCUUCAGGACAAGAAGGCCCCGAAAUCGCUGCAAACGAGGACCCGUACGAGGUCGAUCAGUGGCUCCUCUAGAGGAGCUUGAGCUCCAACCUGUAGACGUAGUUAUGCCCUGUGAAUACAGAUCCCUCGCGUGCAAACAUAAUGUAGCUAGCAUGUCAGACUUGAACAAUUUUGUACUUUAGCCCCCUCUGUCACAUAGGUCGGAGUUUGAAAUAGCCCGGUGCUUGUAUUUGGUAACGACAGUUAUUGGAACCUAGAUAUUCUACCCCUUUGGCCGAUUCCCCGGAGCAGAGUGUGUCAUCCGUGUACCAUAGAAUUUCAAUGACGAGCGACUGUCAAGAAUCCCUUGACACAAAAUGCCUUUAUUUUUUUUGGCAUUGGGUGUUUCUGAUACAUUGGGUUUCAUUUUCUUUGUUGGUCGAAGCGAAACACCUCCAUGAAUGUCGCUGCCUAUCCGACUCACAUGGAAUGGAUUUCUGUCAAGUCUGGACGAUUUCGCUUUGUAAGUUCAACGUGAAUUACCCUGGUGGCAGCCUCGCCAAUCCAAUGUCUAAUCUCCAGUGUCUGAGUGAGCCCAGGAGGGUCUGGGGGGUAAUGCAGUGUGCGUAUUGCUUGCACUGAUUACCCGGCACUGCUGUUACGACUGCUUUUUGAUAAUUCAAAGACACAGAAUUCUCGCGCCGGUAUCAGAAGUCGAUGUCGAAUUGCACGGGGAUGCUCUUCACGUGACACACGAGGAGAUCAGUUGGCCGUUGACCCUUGCGAUCCUAACCGAUGGAAUCAAAUCUUCUUCAUAUAACAUUACAGAUGCUACUCAUUCGCGGAGUGUCGUCAGGGUGAUAGAGAGAGACCGUACACUCUUACUCCGAGUGUGGUUUGGCCCCAACAUAGAUUUCACCCUGUACGAUCGAUCGUUCUCAGUGGAAGAAAACAUUCUGUACGCUGUACCGCAUCUGACCUUCUCUCUCCUGCCCAAUGUCCUUCCAGAGGGCUUCUAUAAGGUUUGGAGACAAACGGCACGUUCCAGAUUUCUUCCUUAUGGAUAUACUGCAGUUGGUUUCUUUUCGGCUCUCUUGCUCCGUCUGCAACAUCAUCCCUUCGUAUUCGGUCUUUGAACUGUUAUCUCUGAUGUGCCAUCGCACUUUUGACAUCAUGAACCCUCCCUCCGUACACACUGCCCACCGAGUACUUCUAAUCAACAUCUCAACCUCAAGAAGUUGGCACAUUUCUCUCUCUCUCUACACACAUCCCAGAAAACUCAUCGGAGCCAGAAUUCCAGAUGAAGAUACGAAAACCCCCGAAACCUCUCCCGGCACGUCCCGAAGCUUGCUAUCUGAGCGUCGGAUCACCACCAUCCUUACGGGUAAAGUGUAUCUACGGCUAUCCAGCCUGUCAGAUUGCUAUCCAUUCUGUAAAGGUUCAUCUUGGCUGUGAGGAUACAAGUACCAUGAUAAGCAAAAGCUUUAACUCAAGUCAAAUUACCUCAUUCUUUCACCGGUUGAAUCUGCACACCACGGUCGAUACUGCAGUCUCUGUGUUUCAACACCUCCUCGUAAGCUAUAUAGAGCUCGGAACCGAAGCGUUUGGCCGUGAGAUAUUUUGAGCUUUUAUUUGAUCAGAAAGUGUAGGCCUGUGACAUUGCUUCUCAUUUCUGACAUCAUCCACUUUUGAGAAACCUUCAAGGAAAGACUUGAAGAUUCUACAGGGCAAGGGCACGGGCACUGGCACCAUCUUCGAGGGAUGGAGAGUGCAAUCCAAGCGACCAAGAUGAGAUGCGAUUUCACAUGCGGGUUAAAGAUACUGUGAAGGCCAGUGACCAACGAUGAAGCUCUCAAAAGCCCCAAAUUUGCUUCUUCUACAAGCAGCCCGACG